CCUCUAUCGGAAUGUAUAAUUUAUGUAUGGUGGGGCGGUUACUACUACCGCGGUUAGGUCUAACGAUUUGAACAUAUUUGGAGGUAGUCAGAGAUGAGGUGAUAAAAAGAAAAGAAAUGAAAGAAUUAAAGUGAAAACAGAAGAGAGAAAAAGAUAAAACCGUUUCUUGAGAUAUUCAGUAAUUUAAAAUAGUAAAUAUACUAAAAUGUUUAAUUGAGAGGAUCCUAGAUGAAGUCUCUAACGAGAAAGACUAUAAAUACAAAGUCAAGAUCAAUAUUGGCUUUACAGUAAACGAACAUGAGCAGUUAAUCGAUACAGCCGGUUAUUAACGCUUCAUCAACUUUUUGAACCAUCUCCGGUAUUAAUAAAUGUUAGUCGGCUUUUUGCAUCUCGUGUGUAAUGAUAUAAUCAAAGAUAAUAAUAUUAUUAGCCGUUGCCUGGCAACUCCCUAGCCACGGCCAUCUCGUUUCCAUGACAUUGACAAUCAUUAUAUCGUUGAACGCGAUACUAUAAACAUACUGGUAAAAACGGUGCAAGAAGUUUGAGAAGAAGGGAAGAAUGUUCUGGGGUGUGAGUCCAGCCUUAGAUCUACAGCAAGAGUAUCUCAAAUAUGGCGAUGAACACGCGUACGAACUAAAUUUUCUCGUGAUUGGAGGCUGCGAUGGAAGACAUCUGCUUAAAACUCUGGCCCAAGCUUAUCGGCACAACCGGAGGUACAUGAAUCUUUUCGUGAUCGACGGAUGCCCGGAGUUGAUAGCUAGGCAACUGCUUCUUAUGUCUUUGGCAUUAGAAAAGACGACGAGAUGUGGUUUACUGGAGAAAACAAGGCGUUAUCUCGAGGUAUAUGGGAAUCUGCUACUGCGGCCGCCAACUUCGAGGUAUGUAAUGGCCAAAGCUCGUCAGUUGGUCGGUAUGAUCACCAAUCCUGACUACAUGAGCUGUCUACUCCCUAGUGUAUCCCUGGAACAGAUGAAAUAUAAAGAGAGGGACUAUUUGGAAAACUUGAUGAAUUUCUGGACGACCGGAAACACUAAUCAGUACAAUGCCUGUGAAUUGUGGGAAUACAGACUUAGAAAUAGCCUGGGAGUGCGGUAUGACAAUAGACAUGGAGUUUACGAUUGGGACUAUCAUAUGAGGCUGAAGGAGAUCGCCAGUGCUGUAUGCUUUCAAGAGUACAAGCAUUUCAGAGAGCACGGAGUGGCCUUUACGUGGUUGGAGACUGAAGUGUGCCGUCCAAACGUUACUUUUGCGGCUGGUGUUUAUAAAUGCGGAGACCGAUACCUUCACAGAGGCUAUUUGGGUGAUCUUGUGACAUCCCCGUACAUUUGCUUGGGCCUCGAUUGCGAGGACAAAGACAUGCUGAAAUCGACCCAUGGCGUGAACUACAAGCGCUCGACUGACAUCAGCGAACGUAAUGUUAUGCGGAUGAUGUAUGAGAUGGAAAACCACAAGAAAUUUGAUGUCGCCGAGAUGGAAAUCGAAAAUGAACGGAAUUUGGGUAUGGUUGUAUUGAGUGAGUUCGACGCUAAGAUUUCGGAGUGUGGACCCGAGAUUCCGUUGGUGUUGCGAGAAGACCGCGAGACGUACAUUGAUGUGGACUAUGGAAAAGUUCACUUCUUAUCUGUCAGCGCCUUAGAUCAUUACCCCCAUAAGCCUCAGUUCCAAGGGCUGUUCCACGGGGUCUUCGUGGGACAGAAUAUGGUGUCGCGCAUCAAGCCCAGUCUCUGGUCGAUGGCGCGUGAUGAUGCUGUAGUUAUCAUGGAGUCCAGGAAAUACAUGAUAGAACUAAAACGAGAUGACGUUAAGGCGUUUGCCGAUCAAAUCCAGGAGGCGGCUGCGGCUGGACAUUGCGAGAAGAUCAAAGCAUUUGAUCCUGAAAAAGAUGAUUACGCUCGUUUUGUGAUCAGGAGGAAGCGUAGUGAGGGCACAGAUUUUUCGUUAUAAGAAGAAAUCGCCGGACUUCCGCCCUUCACUGGGGAUGGAGAGCGGGAAAUAAUACGUCUAUUUUAAUGGAACUAUAUCUAAUACUUACCAGUUCCACUCAAAUUCAGACUUGUUUCUCUUUGAAACUCGUAGUAUUGUUAUAUAUCGUUAUGUUUGUUUUAUUUUUAUUGCUUGGAUGGAUGGACGAGCUCACAGCCCACCUAGUGUUAAGUGGGUGGCGUCACCCACCUUGAGAUAUAAGUUCUAAGGUCUCAAGUAUAGUUACAGCGGCUGCCCCGCCCUUCAAACCGAAACGCUUUACUGCUUCACGGCAGAAAUAGGCGAGGUGGUGGUACCCACCCGCGCGGACUCACAAGAGGUCCUACCACCAGUAAUUACGCAAAUUAUAAUUUGUUGUAAAUUAUAAUAUGUUUCUCUGUUAUGAGGCAGAAGAACAUCAAUGGUGUGAUGAGAGCGCUUAAAUACGAGGUUGUAAAUAAAACAGCAAAAAAAAUGUGUGUUCAUCUAUUUUCCUCAUUUAAUAAUAAUAUGUUACAUUCAUUCGAUAAACCAUAUAGCCAAAUAUUUACAAGGUUUGAAAACGAAACGAUAAUAAAACAAAAAAUGAUUGUAAAAUAAUAAUUAACUUCGUACGAUGGUUUAUUCCGUUUUAAAAUUCGUAUUCAUUAUUAUUUUAUUUUUUAUUAUUUUACAUAAUAAUAUCACUUAAUAUAACAUUCCUAAAUCAGUAAGUUCGGUAGUGUGGACAUUUAUUUUACGAAUUUUCGUAAUUUUAUAUAUUAUAAUAAUAAUAAUAUGAAAAAGGAACAUAUAUCUAAUUUACAUUUAAACUGAACGAUUUCAUAAUCCUAUCUAAAAUAAUUACGUUACUAUUAUUAAUUACACAUAGAUUUUGUCAGUGUUUUUAAAAUUAAAAAUACAUAUUGCAAUUACAUUUAAAAUAUAAUGAACACAUUUUUCGUGUAUUUAAAAAACAACAUAUAAGACAUUUCUAUUUAAUAAAUUUUAAUGAUUCUAAAUUAAAA